GCUAGUUGCCUCAACCCCAACAGCCGAGGUCCGGCCCUCCAUCUGAUAAGACUUAUCAGCAGGCCCCAGCCUUGGCCCAGCGGGGAGCUGGUGCCUUCUUGCCAGGACCUAAUCUGACCCCCACACACUGAAUAACCUAAGGGAGAGCAGGAGUGACAGAGGGAGAAAUGGAGGCACACGUGAGCUCCGGGACUACGAUGAACUAGAGACCAGCCGCCCCCCCCCCCCUCCGGGGCUGAGAGGAGAGGAAGGCGCCGGGUCCAGGCCGUUCUGGAGCGCUGGCGACUGAGGCUCUGAGAGACCCGCACGGAAAGCCUGGACCCUGAGGAGAUCCAAGAGAGACUGCCCCCCCUCCCUCGGCCUAAACACCUGCUCAGGGAGGACACUGCUUCUGCCGCAACCGUCGGGGAGCCCCAUGGAUUUCCCGCCCGGCCUGGGGGAGCCAGAGGCCCUGGCCUCUUUCGCCGAGCCUACCUUGCUGUCCCCGUCGGCCUCCGUCAGCGCCACUGAAGAGCCGGGAAUCUUCUUCUCAGGGCCCGAGGGGGCCGAUGCCGGCGAUGCCGCCACCGCGCUGCCCUACUACCAUCGGGGGCCGGCUGCUGAUGCUUACAGACACUCACCAGUAUGCCAAGUGUACCCAAUUCUCAACUGGAUGGAUGGAGGGCUCGGGGGAGCCCCCUACGCGGCCACAGGUUGGGCCUAUGGGAAGGCAGGGUUGUACCCGGCCUCUGCCCUGGCCCCGGCUGUUCGAGAGGCCUCUCCACAGCCACCUCCUGAGGGCUCUGAUGUGAAAGGGAGCCCAAGGGGCUUCCUGGAGACCUUGAAGACAGAGCGAAUGAGUCCAGACCUGCUCACCCUGGGUGUCCCAGCAGCCGUGGGGCCCUCCCACUAUGUGGCAGCCAGUCCUCCUGACUUCACCACUGCUGCCUUCUUCUCACCUGCCGGAAGCCCCCUCUCAGUGGCAGGUGGAGGUAACGCCUACUCUCCGAAGCUCCGUGGGGCGCUUCCCCUGUCUCCCUGUGCAGAGGCCAGAGAGUGCGUGAACUGUGGAGCCACGGCUACCCCGUUGUGGCGUCGAGACGGUACCGGGCACUACCUGUGCAACGCUUGCGGCCUGUACCACAAGAUGAAUGGACAGAACCGUCCCCUCAUAAGGCCCAAGAAGCGCCUGAUUGUCAGUAAGCGAGCAGGUACCCAGUGCACCAACUGCCAGACGACGACGACGACGCUGUGGCGGCGCAAUGCCAGCGGGGAGCCCGUGUGUAACGCUUGUGGUCUCUACUACAAGCUGCACAACGUGAACCGGCCGCUGACCAUGCGCAAAGAUGGCAUCCAGACCCGGAACCGCAAGGUGUCGGGCAAAGCCAAGAAGAAGGCCCGGGUGGGCCAGGCCCUGAUGGCCGCCGGGCAGGGGACUGCGGCGGCGGCGGCGGCUGCGGUGGCGGCGGCCGGCCCCGGGGACCUGGCGGCUGAACCAAUCUACCCGAGCCUCGGGCCCGUGGUGCUCUCAGGCCACAUGGCCUCAGUAGGGCACCUGGUCCCCUUCCCCGGGCCUGCGGCCCCCCUGCUCGGGGGCACGGGCGUCCCCUUUUCUGGGGCCGCGGGGGUGGUCUCGGCCCUGGGCUCUUGAAGAAGGCGAAGGCGGCAGGCACGCCCCGCCUUUGGCUUUGGCCUAGGCCGAGGCUGCUGCUGCGGUAGACCACGCUAGGCCCCGCCCCUCCGGCCCUAAGCCCUUUCUGAUUGGGCCUACUCGCUCCCUAUCCUGUGGCUUGACGACAAUAAACUUGUUGCUCCCCCACC